GCCAACGCCUGGAGACCACCAUCACCAACCGGAACCAUACUCACAGCGUUCCUCGCAGCUACCUUCACCCUUUCCCUUGUCCUUCACCCACCAUGCCGAAAGCACCCACUUCAAAAGGCAAAGCUCGUUCUUCUGCCCGCUCCGGUCCCUCCUUCACCUCUGCUCCCCCUUCACGGAGUACCGCUCUUCCUGUGCAGCUCAAGGCAGACGACCAGACUAGCAAGUUCGGUACCGUCAGUCAGGUCGGGCGUAGGAACAAGAAGAAGGGCAAGCGGACAGACGACGACAAUGAUGAUGCAGCCGGGGACGCAGUAGCUUCCACCUCGGACGCUGCAGGCAGUGGCUCUUUUGUCACCGGCGGGAAAGCGGGAGGAGCUAGGACGGAGAAGUACGUGGAUAAACGGCUCAGUGGGAAGAUUCUCCGACUGGCUAGGGAGCAGCAAGAAGAGAUUGAAAGAGAGGAGGAAGAAGCGGAAGAGGCGCUCGCUCUAGGUGCGGAGAGCAGCCGGCAGGCGAAGCUACAACAGCAUCGAUCUGCCUCUGGGAUGAUGCCCAUGGACGAUGACGAGGCAGGGGACUCGAGCGAUGAUGGGGAGCUGGAGGAGCUACCCUCUGACGAAGAAGAAUUCGAAUACGAAGGAGUCGAGAUCGACCCAGAGGAUGCCGAACUCAUGGAGAGAAUGAGGGAAGAUAGGCUGAAUGAGAAUGGCGAAGCUGGAGGGCGGAGGACACUGGCUGAUAUGAUCAUGGACAAGAUUGAAGCAGCAGGCGGUGACAGAGAAGUAGGCGCGGAAGCCGAAGACGAUGAUGGCCUCGUCCAUGGAAUGAACCCCAAGAUCGUAGAGGUCUAUACAAAAGUCGGCGAGCUUCUGUCGCGCUACAAGUCCGGACCCCUGCCGAAAGCCUUCAAGAUCCUACCAUCUCUGCCGCACUGGGAAGUGGUCCUAUCCCUCACAUCGCCAGACCGCUGGACACCUCAUGCCACUCUCUCCGCUACCCGUAUCUUCGUCUCUAACCUCAAGGCAGCUCAAUCGCAGCGCUUCUUCGAGCUGGUAUUGCGAGAGAAGUUCAGAGACGAGAUUGACGAACACAAGAAGACGAGCUACCAGAUUUACGAAGCCUUGAAAAAGGGGCUGUACAAGCCAGCUGCAUGGUUCAAGGGCAUACUCUUCCCUCUAUGCGAGAGUGGCACGCUCACACUCAAGGAAUCGGCUAUCCUGUCCUCUGUCCUGACAAAGGUGUCCAUCCCCAUGCUCCACUCGGCAGCAGCUCUUCUGCGCCUGUCAGAGAUGGCCUACUCGGGUCCCAAUUCGCUCUUUAUCCGCGUACUGCUAGACAAGAAGUACGCCCUGCCUUACAAGGUCGUCGAUGCCCUCGUCUUCCACUUUUUGCAAUUCUCGCCCGAAGGCUCGGGUGUAGAGAAGAUCAAGGAGGGACCCAAUGCCGGCUCGAUGAGGAUGCCUGUUCUGUGGCAUCAGUCGCUUCUGGUCUUUGCGCAGAGGUACAAGCAGGAUCUCACUCCAGACCAGAAGAUUGCCCUGUUGGAUCUGCUGAGGGUGCAGAAGCAUGAUGGGAUUGGGCCGGAGGUGAGGAGGGAGCUGAGCACGGGUCAGGCGAGGGGAGAGAUGAUGGAUGAGCCUGUUGAUGAAGACGACGAUGACAUGAUGUCUGUUUGAGCAAUUCCUAUCUUCAUGCUACCCCUAGUCGUAGUCGCGAGUAUCGUACAGA